AUCUUUUUCGAUUUUCCCAUCCGCAGUACAUGUCAGUUAUAUCAUACCAUGUCUAGAUUUGGCACAGCUCAGGCGCGGGGUAUAGCGCUCGCGAAUGUCGUCGCGCUCUUAGCCGGCCUCUUUUUGUGGUAUCGUACCCCUCCAUCCCUGGCUGUCUCCAUCACAUCGCGCUCCGAGAUCUCCUGUGGCGAUAUCUCACACCCCACCACCUCUGGAUACGUCCACCUUGCAGGCGGGAGCCUCUUCUUUUCCCUAAUACAGGCCCGUGAAGAAGCAAAGAAUGACGGGCUUGUGAUCUACUUUGAAGGUGGACCAGGGGCUAGUGCUAUGGAUUAUCCAUUCCUAGGCGCCGGACCCUGCCAGCUCACUCCCGACGGCGGUACCAAUCUUUCUCCGGCACCUUACCCAUGGACAGACUAUGCCAACCUGCUCAUUUUGGAGUAUCCCGUACCAACGGGGUGGUCUUAUAACAGGACAGAUCAGACUCCACACCACUCUUCUGCUGGUGCUGCCGAGGACUUCGACGAUUUCCUCCAGGCAUUCUUGAGAGAGUUCCCUCAGUUCAUCCGACAGCCUUUGAUCAUAUCAACUCUGUCAUAUGGUGGUACCACGUCGGCCCAUAUAGCAUCGACUCUCGUCAAGCGCAACAAGGCAUCUGGGUACCUCACCCGUCGGAUCCCAAAGAUCAUCGACCAGCUUGUGCUCGGCAACCCUUUCAACGACGUUGAAUCCGUCUCCUACCAAAACAUCCAACACCUCUGCCACUCCGACCCCCCCGUCCUCUCUCAAUUCGUCUGCGACCACCUCUCCCGCCAACACGCCCCCUGCUUCGACCUUCUCCUCCCACUCCUCAACCCUUCGACCUCUCACCUCUCCACGCGCGCAUCAAGGCGGAAAGCGUGGGAUGUAUGUGUAGCGCCGUUUGAGAUGAUGUGGAAGGAUGUCAGCUGUGAUAGGCAUGAUAGGAGGAAGCCGCCGUGUUGGCCGCCGAAUACGUGUAUGUGGUGGUCGGAGAGUUUGAAGGCAUUGAUGAAUAGUGCGGAGAUGCGGAAGACUCUCGGUGUACCGGAGCAUAUCACCUGGAACUUUAUCGGGUAUGCGCAUCUGUAUUUCGUGCAAGACGGUGACAAUCUGCAAGCGUCAUACCAUCUCCUACCGGAAGUGAUUGAAGCCGGCACGAGGGUGUUGGUGUACAGUGGGAUGAAUGAUACCGUUUUGCCUUAUGAGAAUGCUGCUGCUUGGAUGGCUAAACUCCCCUCACCCCACCUUGCCGCAUUCCAAUCCGACCCCAUCCCCAUAUUCAUCCCCCCCUCCAUCCCCUCCACAUCAACCUCCCCCGGCGCUGCCGGCGGUCUCACGGCGGGUAUGCAAGGAGUCGUCAAGAACCCGGGAGGCGAUGUGACCUUGGUGGGGAUCGCAGAGGCGGGGCAUCUGGUGGAAGCUGAUCAGCCCGAGGUGUUGGCGAGGAUCAUUGGGGAAGCUGUGAAGGGAAGGUGUUGGGAUCCGUUACGAUAG